AUGGCUACCACCGACUCGAUCCUUCAAGGCGUCAACAUCUCUGGCACAGUGACAGAUUUCAACCGGAAGAUCCUCACACCCGAAGCUCUUGCAUUUCUCGCCCUCCUCCACAGAUCCUUCAAUGGCACCCGCAAGGAGCUCUUGCAACGACGUGUGAUCAGACAAGCAGAGCUCGACAAAGGCUCUCUGCCAGAUUUCCUGCCCGAGACGAAGCACAUCCGUGAGAACGAUGCGUGGAAGGGCGCCAGACCCGCUCCGGGUCUGAUUGACCGCAGAGUGGAAAUCACUGGCCCUACAGACCGAAAGAUGGUUGUAAAUGCCUUGAACUCGAACGUCUGGACGUACAUGGCAGAUCUCGAAGAUUCCAGUGCUCCCACUUGGGACAACAUGAUCAGUGGCCAAGUCAACCUCUACGACGCUAUCCGCCGGCAAGUCGACUUCAAGCAAGGAGAGAAGGAAUAUAAGCUCCGAACCGACCGCGCACUCCCCACACUCAUUGUCCGACCCCGAGGCUGGCACUUGGAGGAGAAGCACUUCACCGUCGACGGCGAGCCCAUCUCGGGCUCCCUCUUUGACUUUGGUCUCUACUUCUUCCACAACGCCAAGGAGCUCAUUGCCCGCGGUGCAGGACCCUACUUCUACCUCCCCAAGAUGGAGUCCCACCUGGAGGCCCGCCUUUGGAACGAUGUCUUCAACCUGGCGCAAGACUUUGUCGCCAUCCCGCGCGGCACCAUCCGCGGCACAGUGCUCAUCGAGACCAUCCUCGCCGCCUUCGAGAUGGAUGAGAUCAUCUACGAGCUGCGCGACCACUCGUCCGGCCUGAACUGCGGCCGUUGGGACUACAUCUUCAGCGUCAUCAAGAAGUUCCGCCAGAAUUCCAACUUCGUGCUCCCCGACCGCUCGGCCGUCACCAUGACCGUCCCAUUCAUGGACGCCUACGUCAAGCUGCUCAUCCAGACCUGCCACAAGCGCCAGGUCCACGCCAUGGGUGGCAUGGCUGCCCAGAUCCCCAUCAAGGACGAUAAGGCUGCUAACGACAAGGCGAUGGAAGGCGUGUAUGCAGACAAGCUUCGCGAGGUCAAGGCCGGCCACGACGGCACCUGGGUGGCUCACCCAGCGCUCGCGUCCAUCGCGUCUGAGGUCUUCAACAAGCACAUGCCGACGCCGAACCAGAUGUUCGUGCGCCGCGAAGACGUCAAGAUCGGGCAGAACGACCUUCUGAACAUGAACGUCCCCGGCAAGAUCACCGAGGAGGGUAUCCGCAAGAACCUCAACAUUGGGCUCGGCUACAUGGAGGGUUGGCUGCGCGGCGUCGGCUGUGUGCCGAUCAACUACCUGAUGGAGGACGCGGCGACGGCCGAGGUGAGCAGAAGUCAGCUGUGGCAGUGGGUGAAGCACGGUGUGCCGACGGCCGAGGGCAAGAAGGUAGACAAGGCGUACGCGCUCAAGCUGUUGAAGGAGCAGGCGGAUGAGCUGUCGAGUAAAGGCGCGAAGGGGAAUAAGUACCACCUUGCGGCUCAGUAUUUCGCUGGACAGAUCACGGGAGAGGACUAUGCCGAUUUCUUGACUUCGUUGCUGUACAACGAGAUCACCAGCGUGGGAAGCGCGUCGCCGGCCUCGAAGCUGUAA